UCUUUCCCCGCUGAUAAAGCCAAGUUCGGAUCGUGAUUCCGAAUUACAUACCGUUCAUUCUUUCUCUGAGUUAGCCUUGCAGUCACCGGACUAUUCAAAUUUAAUUAAUAUUAAACAUGCCUAAUAUUAAAGUUUUCAGCGGUUCGUCGCAUGUUGAUCUUGCUCAAAAAGUCGUUGAUCGACUAGGAAUCGAUCUUGGUAAAGUUGUGCUAAAAAAAUUUAGCAAUCAAGAAACUAGUGUUGAAAUUGGAGAAUCUGUUCGAGGUGAAGAUGUGUACAUAAUACAGAGUGGUUGUGGUGAAGUGAAUGAUAACCUUAUGGAGCUUUUGAUUAUGAUCAAUGCUUGUAAAAUUGCAUCAGCAUCACGUGUAACAGCUGUCAUUCCUUGUUUUCCUUAUGCACGACAGGAUAAAAAAGAUAAGAGUAGAGCACCUAUAUCUGCAAAACUAGUUGCCAAUAUGUUGUCUGUUUCUGGGGCUGAUCAUAUUAUAACAAUGGACCUUCAUGCAUCACAAAUUCAGGGAUUUUUUGAUAUACCUGUAGAUAAUUUGUAUGCUGAACCUGCUGUUUUAAAGUGGAUUAAAGAAAACAUUCCUGAGUGGCGUAAUAGCUGCAUUGUUUCUCCUGACGCAGGAGGUGCUAAGAGAGUAACAUCAAUUGCUGAUCGUCUGAAUGUGGAGUUUGCUCUUAUACAUAAAGAAAGGAAAAAAGCAAAUGAAGUAGCAUCUAUGGUAUUGGUUGGUGAUGUGUCAGACAGAGUUGCUAUCCUUGUUGAUGAUAUGGCUGAUACUUGUGGUACAAUUUGCCAUGCUGCUGAAAAAUUGAUGGAAGCUGGGGCAUCUAAGGUGUAUGCUAUACUCACACAUGGUAUAUUUUCUGGUCCAGCAAUAUCUCGAAUAAAUAAUGCUUGCUUUGAGGCUGUUGUUGUUACUAAUACUAUUCCACAAGAACAACAUAUGAAAGAAUGUCCAAAAGUGCAGUGCAUUGAUGUCUCAAUGAUACUGGCAGAAGCAAUUCGGCGUACUCACAAUGGAGAGUCUGUUUCUUACCUCUUCAGUAACGUCCCCAUGUAGACAUGGCAUUCCAUCCCCACUAACAAGGUUUUCAUUCCUGUCGCAUGCUGCAGUUACAUGUGCCAUACAUUACCAACUCAUAUUAUAAAAACUGUACAGAUUUGUGAUGAAAUAUUUUGCAAAAUAAAUUUUUGGUUGCAACGAACAGCAGAUGCAUGCAAUACUUUUGCAUGUAAUAUUAAAUGCAUGGCUGGUUAAUAUAGACCAAUUUAGUAUGAACUGCUAUACUUUAUACCAUAUAGCUAUUUUCAAUUAUUUAAUUAAACAUGAUUUGUAUCCUAAAGAGCUCAAUUUGGGAUUUUACAAUAAGAUUUAUUCCAAGUAAUAUCUUAUUUUUCCAUAUUUAUAUUCUUAUUCUAUGGGAUCAAAGCCAUAGGAUAUAUCUGUUAUUAAAUUAUAAACCAUAUUUUCACACUCAGUUCAAGACGUAAUUAUCAAAUUAUAUUGUUUUGGUAUUUGCUUUUAAAUUAUCGUAGCUAAUGCACUUCAGAACAGAUUGCUUAAUUAGGGAACAUACCUUUAGUGUCAAUAUAACUUUCAGUAAUAUUAUUAGAAAUGGUUUCAUAUUGAUUUCUCUCCAAAUAAAUUAUUUGUCAAUUAUUAUUAUUUGAAAAAUAUUAACUUCUUAUUUGAAAAUUUAAAAGAAUAUCUCUGGGGUAUGCAAUUUUAAUUAGAUGAGGGAAGGUUUUUUUAAGUACCACUUAGAUAUGUGAAAAUCAUAAAUCUUGUCUAUCUAGGGAUUUUAUUUUUGUUAUUUCUGUAAUACUUGACCCUUAACUAAAUUUUAUUCAAUACAAAAAAUACCAGUUUCCUGUGCUUCUUUUAUUUUUUUGCAUUAAACUAAAUCUAUAUCCAAAAGAAUUAUUGGUAAAAUCUACCUAAGGUGCAUAGUAAAGGAAUUAAAAAUAUUCUUUUUAAAUGAAAAACUUUGGGGCUUUUUUAUACGUUUUUUUAAAAGUUUAUGUUAUAAAUUUUUUUUCUCAUUCUGAAUUUUUUUGAAGACCCAGAUUUUUCCUAUUCUACUGUAUCUAUAACUUUUUAAUUUCUUAUUUAUAAAAAUUUGGUUAGCCAUUUCCUGCAAUUUAAAUAUCAAUUUUUCUCUUUCAAGUCCUGCAUGGAAAUAUAUUUGACACCCAAAUUUUUAUAUUUGAUUCCCAGUACCCUCAUCACCCUUACAAAUGCAUUUUGUUGCUUUUUGAUAAUUAAAUGUAAACUGAACUAUGAAAAGUUUUUGAUAAUGAAGUUUUAAAACAAAAUUGAAUUUAUUCUGUCAUACUAGUUCUUAUAUUACAUAGCUGCAGCAAUGUGCAGUUUUUGUAGACCAUACACAAAAAGAUUUGAUAAGCUGUUUUAUUUAAAAUAACAGAAUUUUUAUAGAAUAAUUUUGCUACAUAUCUUUUUCUCUUAAUGUAAAGCAUCAUGAGAGUUGUUACAUAAUUAUUUGUAUUAGUUAAGAAACUCAGUGUUAUCCUUUCAUAAAAAUCAUCAUAUACUUUUUGUUACUGAUCAGUUUCCAUGUUACUUCUUUCAAUUUCAGUGUUUAGAUGUGUCACGGUUUUUUAGUGAAGCUAUCCGCAGGAUUCACAAUUGUGAGCCACUAGGACCUAUUCUUAGUGAAGUACCAUAUUAAGAGAAGUUUUGUUUUAUCUAGAAAGUUUCAAAAUGUUUUUGAUGUCCUUCAUGUAACCGUUAUCAUUUUUGUGUCUUCUUAGUUAAUUUGUAUAUUUUUAAUUACUUCAUUAGUAAGCAGUUAAUCUAUUGAACAACUAACAUGAAUUCUAAUAUUCAUUGUAAUUGUAUCAUUGAUGCUGUAGUUCAGUAAUAAUAAGGGAAAAAUUAAAUCUCUUAAAUGCUUGGGUAUGUUAUAUACAAAUUAUCUGUAAUAUGUGGUGAAUUUAUUAUGAAAUAGCCUUAUACUUGAUUAUUCUAUAUUGAAAUAUAAUUGCUUGGAUUCUGAAUCGUAAAUGUAUGUCAAAAAUAUCAAUUUUUGUUCAUCCAUAGUAAAGAAAUUCAUAAUUUAAAAAAAUUCCUUACAUACAUAAUAGUGCUUAUAAUCUGGAAAUUAGGUUUUGUUUUAAGCAGUUUUUGCUUACUUUUUGAGAUAAGCUCAUCUAUUCUGCUUUCUAAACAAUGAGGUUUAAUGUUACGCCAGAUUUUACUGAGUUGUGAUCAUAAUUUUUGUUCCAUUUGUUUAUCAGAAUUUUGUAAAAUCUUUUCUUAAUCAUACUAGAAGUUCUUUUAUUUUAUUAUAUUAAUUUUUUUGAACUUAUUAUACCACCUGUCUAGUUUUGAACAUAGAUGGACAUUUCAUAAUUAAAAUUUAGCAUAAAUGUUAUAAUCAACUUAAAAUAUUAAAUAAAAAAUUUUAAUUUGUUUUUAUGGUUAAAAUAUUUAUUUGAAUCUCCUUUUUCCUUUUGGAAUUAUUUUAACAUCUUAGAGCAAAAUUAUUUUCUGUUUUUAUUAAUAUAUCAUUUUUUUCAAUGUUUUCAUUAAUAGUAAUAAAAAAAAAAAAGAAGAAACAGUUGGGAAAAUUGCCUUCCACUAUAUGCAAUAAAGAAAUAGCAAAUUUUUUGCACUGCCAAUAAGUGAAUAUAUGCUACUGAAAGUUUUAGAAUUAUGCAAAUUAAACCACUAUUCAGUUCUCUAAAUUAUUUUUGUAUUUUUCUUAAUUGUAAUAAAUUUUGAUUAGUUUUAUUGGGCUGGUUCUUUGUAAUUAAAAUUUAGUUUAUUCAGAUGUAAAUAUAAUUUUGAUCAAAUAAUUAAAAACUUGUUUUGUAUUUUUUUUCUUUCUGCUUUUUAUUUAGUUUUGUAUGAAUUACAAAACUUUUCAAAGUUUUGGGAAGAUUGAUUGUCUGAAGUGCUUUUCAGUUUGCAAUUUAAUCUUGGUUAAAAUAGUAAAUUUUAAGAUUUGAAAUUUUCUCUCACUAAAUAUAUAUUCUUAUUUUUGAUUAGCAUUGAAAGUAAAUAAAAGAGAAGCUUUAAAAUAGUUUUUAUGAUGUAUGUAGAAUAUUCUGUAAAAGAUUUGAAUAAUUCUUGUUACGUGCAUAAGUGAAUAACAUUAAACUUUAAUAUUUUACUUUUAUUUUUUAAAAUUGUUUCAUAAUUGGUAUAAAUUUAAAUUUUAUGUUAGUGUAUUCCACUUUCAUAUCCCAAUUUUCGCAAUUUUGUUUUUGUAUAUUUUUUACGAUGAGUUUAUUUAAAAAUUGUUUAUUUCUCAGAAAAUAUGAAUUACUUGCAAGCUGCAUAAAAAAUUGUUUUAAAAUAAAAAGCAUUUGCUUUUUCUUCUAUUAGUGUAAUAAAAAUAACCCUUCUGUAAUAACAUAUUAACGAUGUUUAAAUCGUCUUAUAUUGUGUGAAACAUAUAUCUUUUAUUAUUUUUUAUUUUUUUGUUUACAAUGUAAUAUUUAUAUAAUUUUAUUUUAAAUUAAUAGUAUUGAAGUUGGUGUUCUUAUAUUUGAUAUUGACUGGCUAGCAUUUAUUUCAGAAAAUGCAACAACUAUAUAUAUGUAUAAAAUAUAUAUAUAAUGUCUUAAAGUAGUCAUUUCAUAUAGGAAAUUAAAGAAUGUAGAUUUAAAUUUAUUUUCAAAAAUAAAUUCAUAUUAUUUUUACUUUAUUGUUGAUUAUGAAUACUUUUUAAGUAGUAAUUUUAUUGUAUCUGUUGCUGUUAAUGAGUCUGUUAAUCUGAAAAGUGAUAUAUUUUGCAUGUCCAUCUGUGUAAAUACUUUGAGCUUGUAACUUCCAAGGUGGAUAAUAAAAACAUAUUUUUUGAA